AUGAGCAAACCAGCAGAACAGACUCCACAGCAGGAAGAUAUCGAUAUCCAGCAUGAUGAUGAGUUUGAAGAUUUCAGAUUUACCUCUAGACCAGUUGCAGAAGAAAAGAAACGCGUUGAAACUAUUGAUGAUUGGGAUGACGAUGUUGUUGAUAACUUCUCACAAAUUCUCAAAGCCCAACGCGCUGUUGUACAUUAA